UGACUGAAUGUGGGAUAGGUGAGGAAAAUGAUGGAGUCUUGACUCGUUGAGUUUGUAUGUGAAUACGAAAACAGCGCUGGAAUUUCCUCCUUUCGACUGGGAAAACCACCACUGCUUCUCGGCUUCAAGCUCCUCUGUUUGGUUGUUGCCGUUAUACAUCUGAGUAUCCAAGGAAUUUCUGUUUCGCUGCCGCUCUUUUCCCUAGGAUAGCCUGCCUGGCUAAGGUUAGCCUAGGCUGCUAGCGGAGCUCUAUGGGAAUAUCCUGCCAGAGCGGCUCUUUAGCUCGCUAGCGGGCUGAAUGCAGCCACGCGCCUCCCGCCGCAUCGGGCGCAUUCAGCCGCUACUGCUGCAGCAUUAUUCACGCGGUUUAUUGACACAUGGAAAUGAGGAAUAUUGGAUUACCAUGCACUGCUUACGUUUAUUUUGAGGGAUUUGCUGUACGGAAUGAGCUCUGUGAGAGCUGUCAAUCACCCCGGUGGAUUUAACAUGUCAUGCCAUCAUGCAGAUCUGCGAUCAUCUACACUAAUGUUUUGAUGACAAGGGAUCUGCGUGUUUUUUCCUUUCUUCUGCCUGAUUUUAAACCCCUUAAACAUCAAUGAAUGCACAAAAGCCGAUUUUGGAAAGAUACUUUUGAGAACUUUUUCAAGGAAAGGUUUUGUGAGGGCGUGGUAUCAGAACACGACAGUAUUUUAAACAAACUGUCAGCUCUUUAAAGAGGAAAAAAAACAUGGCUUCGGUGUGGAAGAGACUGCAGCGUGUUGGGAAACAUGCUUCCAAAUUCCAGUUUGUCGCCUCCUACCAGGAACUCAUGGUGGAAUGUACAAAGAAAUGGCAACCGGACAAGCUAGUUGUUGUCUGGACACGCAGGAGCCGAAGGAAGUCUUCCAAGUCUCAUAGCUGGCAGCCUGGCAUUAAGAACCCAUAUAGAGGAGUGGUGGUGUGGCCUGUUCCAGAGAACAUAGAGAUCACUGUCACACUAUUUAAGGAUCCCCACGCAGAGGAGUUUGAAGACAAAGAGUGGACCUUUGUUAUUGAAAAUGAAUCUCCGUCAGGUCGUCGGAAAGCGUUGGCCACCAGCUGCAUUAACAUGAAGCAGUACGCCAGUGCCAUGCCCACACAGACAGACGUCAAGCUCAAGUUCAAGCCACUGUCCAAGAAAGUUUUUUCCGCAACACUGCAGUUCUCCCUGUCCUGCAUCUUUCUGCGAGAGGGCAAAGCCACUGAUGAAGAUAUGCAGAGUCUGGCCAGUCUGAUGAGCAUGAAGCAAGCUGAUAUUGGUAAUCUGGAUGAUUUUGAGGAAGAGAAUGAGGAAGAUGAGGAGAACAGAGUGAACCAAGAGGAAAAGUCCGCCAAGAUCACAGAGAUUGUGAGGCAGCUGAAUGCUCUCAGCUCUAUAGAUGGAGAUCCAGAUGACUGCCUAAAGCAACCAAAUAAACCUGCCUCCUCUUCUGAAGAGCUGAUCAGUAAGUUGAACUUCCUGGAUCAGGAGGACCAAGAGCAAAGCAACAUGAGCUCUAACCUCUUCGAUGAACCUAAUGACCCGGUUGACCUUAACCCCUUUGGUGACCCGGAUGAGGACGAACCAUCUCCCGAGCCCCAUGUGCUGUCUACUAUCAAAGAUCAAGAGCCUGUAUUUGAUCAGAACACCUCUUAUCCCUCAAACCCAUUUGAUGAGGCUGACACAGAUAUGGAUUCUUCUCAACACGGGAACCCGUUUGAAGAACCUGAACCAGAACCCCAGCCUAAAGUAUCUCCACCCAGAAGCAGCAAGAGAAAGAACGUCCGUCCGGUGGACAUGAGCAAAUACCUGUACGCCAACACAACCAGGACAGAGGAGGAGGAGCUAGAUGAAUCAAACCCAUUCUAUGAGCCCAGAGCCUCCAGUGCAGCCUCAUCUACCGCAGACAGCAGCACCUCAGAGAAGAGCACCAAACGCCGGGCCCCUCUGCUUCCCAGUGCUGGACCCAAUCCUGCUGUGGCCCCUGGAGGCCCUGCACCAAAGACUUCAGCUCCUGGAGUAGCAUCCACUCCGCCUUCUCUGGCACCCUCAGCUGUCACAGCUGUGAUAGGGAGAGAGUUUGCCUCGUCCUCACCUAAGCCCAGUCCAAUUCCUAGUCCUGUUCUUGGUGGGAGGCCGAAUGCAUGUCAGUCCCUGUUGGCCUGGUGCCGUGAGGUCACGAAAAACUAUAGAGGCGUCAAAAUCACGAACUUCACCACUUCCUGGAGAAAUGGACUAGCAUUCUGUGCCCUGUUACACCACUUCAGACCCAAUUUAAUUGACUACAAGGCUCUCAAUCCUCAAGAUAUUAAAGAAAACAACAAAAAGGCAUAUGAUGGCUUUGCCAGUCUGGGAAUCUCUCGGCUUCUGGAGCCAUCUGACAUGGUUCUGCUGGCAAUCCCGGAUAAGCUGACGGUGAUGACAUACCUGUAUCAGAUCCGGGCACAUUUCAGCGGUGAGGAACUCAAUGUUGUGCAGAUCGAAGCCAACAGCAGUUGUAGCACAUACAAAGUUGGAGACUUUGAAACGGACACAAACAGUUCUAUCGACCAAGACAAGUUCUACGCCGAACUUAACGACAUUCACCGUGAGCCCACUAAUCAGGGUGCUGCAGCAACCAAUGGUGGGCAUGGUGUUAAAGAAGAGCAGGAAGUGAAGUCAGUCAUGACAAGCGGAGGAUCUGGUUCUCUAUCCGCCUUCCCAGGGGAAGUUCUAAAAGAUGUAGUUCCAUCUUUACGGGCGUCUACGGCAGACCGUGUCUCUCCAGCAGCACCAACCGUCAAUGAACCUCACCCACGACCCACCCAAUGCACCAGAACCAGCCUGGAGACCUCCACCAGCAAACCUCCCACUGCAGAACAGAAAAAACUCCUCAAAGCCGAUACACUGGACAUGGGUGACCCGUCUCACAGGCUGGAGAGAGAAAAGGAGAGCGGGCAGUCGGGUGGGUUGACCGCCGCUGACACCAGAGACUCCAGGGAGAAGCACGAGACCUCACGGCCUGGUGAAAGACAAACUGAAUGUGGGUCACCCACGUGGCAGACCGGGUCUUCUCUAACAAACACACAUAAACUGGGCUUCACAUAUAACAGAGACACUGAUCUAAUCAAGAAGAAGAGAGCGAGUUUGCGCCACUCUGAAUCUGACAGCACCUCAGACAGCAGUGCCCAGACCAACCACACACACACACCCGCUAAACUCACACAGGACGUUGUACCCGCCCCAGUGUCUAACACCAGUGAAGAGAAGGUGAAACAGAUCAUGGUUAUACAAAGUGAAACUUGGUUACACUCAAAGUUGAAUAAAAUCUCUUUCUCUGCAUUGCAGAAGGUCCUGUCUCGUCAAGAGGAGCUGAAGGAGAGGGCCAGGCUGCUAUUGGAACAGGCCCGUAGAGAUGCUGCCAUGAAGGCUGGAAACAAAAGCACCACUAAUGCACAGUCACCCACACACUCGCCACAGAUUAUUGAUGAGCGUGAUGAAGAACGGCGCAGGCAGCUGCGAGAGAGAGCCAGGCAGCUGAUAGCGGAGGCUCGAUCUGGAGUAAAGAUGGCUGAACUGCCUCUCUAUACUGACUCCACCUCUAUUGCCUGUAGUGCAGCUGGGAACAACUUAAAAGGAAGGUCAAAGACAGCUGGAGACAUGAUGGAUGGGAUGAGUGUGGAGGGUGAGGAUGAGGAGAGCAGGAGUGAUAUUGAGGCAGCGGCGGCGUCUCACACUGAUGAUGUCACUCAUACUAACCCUGAGGAGGAACUGUCGUCUUCAUGUCUAAUGGAAGAUGAUUUUACUAACUCUGCCAGUGACCUGGCCUCUCUGGGUGUAAGCAGGCAUGUGGACCUGAAGCUCAAGAAGCUCACAGAGAUCCGGCCACAUGGUGGCAGCUCCCCUUCCUCUUCAUCAUCUUCCUCAUCGCUGACGGCAUCCAGUACUUCACCCCUCAGCCCGGAAUCGGGUAGCCUGCAGAAAGCGUUCAAAGACACCAGUCAGUACGUGGUGGGGGAACUGGCGGCGCUGGAGAGCGAGCAGAGGCAGAUCGACACACGGGCCUCGCGUGUGGAGAAGCGUCUGCGCUAUCUCAUGGACACAGGCAAUAAUAAGGAAGAGGAAGAAUCCAUGAUGCAGGAAUGGUUUACGCUUGUCAACAAGAAGAAUGCUCUGAUCCGCCGACAGAACCAGCUCUCUCUGCUGGAGAAGGAACACGAUCUGGAGAGACGCUUUGAGCUGCUGAACCGAGAAUUAAGGGCAAUGCUGGCGAUUGAAGACUGGCAGAAGACGGAGGCGCAAAAACGCAGAGAGCAGCUGCUGCUGGAUGAGCUGGUCAUACUGGUCAACAAACGUGACGCACUGGUUAGAGACCUAGAUGCCCAGGAGAAAGAGGCUGAGGAGGAAGACGAACACCUGGAGAGAACCCUGGAACAGAACAAAGGCAAGAUGGCAAAGAAAGAGGAGAAGUGUGUUCUUCAGUGACGGUCA